AUGGUUCAGUUCUCCGAAGAGACUAAGGAACGUAUUUCCAAGGUCAUCGGCAUAUCCAGAGUGGCUAUUCAUUAUGGAUAUCUGCCUUUCAUCAUCUACCUUGGAUACACAUAUAGCGAGCCGCGGCCGCAACUCUUGAAGUACGUACUCUCACGCUCCACUCUCACUGUCCGUAAAUUCAAAAGGCAUAAACUCACUUCGACAUCUCGUUCUCAGGCUUUUCUCGCCCUUCGCAUGAACUCAACCAACUUUUAUGAGAUGACCUGGAUGCUGGCUGGUUUUUCGAGAGAGAAUGCUGCAGUUGAGCGUAUAAACCAUAACGAAAAUGUCCGUCCUUUCGUUUCAGAUAGAGUUGAUUCUAGAGCAAAUUUAUUGUAUUUCAAAAAACGGGCGAACUUCAUCCUUGACCUCACCGAGAUCCAAACAACCAACACCAACAACACCACUGCCACCUCAGUCUUCGAGAAAAAUAGAAACACCGUUUCGUGGCUCUGGGGAGAGCCGAAGGGUCCUCUACGGACUUCUCAAAACGAGUCCAUGAAUGGUAACCAUGGCCUGUCGCCAUCAGUUGUCGAGACAAUAGCUGGCUUCGCCGCUGGCAUUUCAUCAACCCUCGUGGUUCACCCCCUCGAUGUGAUCAAGACGAGACUCCAAGUGGACCGUUUCUCCACCUCGCGAAUUGGCAGCUCGGUCCGCAUCGCUCGCAGCAUCGUCCAAAAUGAGGGUGGCAUCGUAACUGGCUUCUAUCGGGGCCUCACACCAAAUAUCGUGGGGAAUUCAGUGAGCUGGGGUUUGUACUUCCUCUGGUAUAGCAAUAUUAAGGACACCCUACAUGUCUUGCACGGAUCGAGGAAGGAAGAAGGGUUGGGAUCGUUGGAUUACUUCGCCGCAUCUGGGGCUGCAGGCGUACUAACAGCUUUUCUCACCAAUCCGAUCUGGGUCAUAAAAACCCGCAUGCUCUCCACCGGCUCACAAGUCCCCGGCGCCUACCCCUCUCUUGUUGCAGGUGCGCGCUCCAUAUACCGUUCUGAAGGAGUUAUGGGUUUCUACCGCGGCAUGAUUCCCGCCCUAUUCGGCGUGAGCCACGGUGCCCUCCAGUUCAUGUCCUACGAAAAACUCAAACAAUGCCGUGCAGCACCGUCAUCUGUCGUCGGCAUGUCUGGAAACGGAAACGCAAAUGGAGGUACGACAACCAAAGACCUCAAACUAGGCAACAUGGAUUACCUUGUUCUCUCCGGCACGUCCAAGGUAUUCGCUGGCUGCGUGACGUAUCCGUACCAGGUACUUAAAGCCCGGCUGCAGACGUACGAUGCAGCUGGAACGUAUCGCGGAGUGAUAGAUGCGAUCGGCCAGAUAUGGCGCAGGGAACGUGUGAUGGGGUUUUAUAAAGGGUUGGGACCAAAUUUGCUGCGUGUGUUGCCAAGUACCUGGGUCACUUUUUUGGUUUAUGAAAAUGUUAGGAUUCAUUUGUUGAUGGGUCCGGUAGUGUGACUUCGGGGAAGAGGGGGUUACCACAGGGAUCUGAUUUUAUUUGCUUGCCUAUACAUAUCCGCCGGGUUUGAUACUACGCUCUAUAUAUAUUGAGGAGAGUUGGUAGCCUUUGUUUUGAGGUGGAUUCGCUGGUCUUGUGAGGUGAAUGGUGUUCGUCAAUGUCAAAAAGGCUUUACCCACCCUCAUUUUAGGAUAUUAGGUGUGGACAGUCAUUCGGCGGUUUUUGUUGUGCAGUUUUUGCUUUCCUCCCCGAUUUACUCGAUCGUGAGGCGUAGUGUUGUCCUCGUAUCUAAAUGCCUUUUCUUUCCUUUCGGCA